CAGUACUUUUAGAUCGCUUCCGCUUUCCCGUGAUGCACUGCGCGGUUGUAAUGUGUGGUAGUUAUGAUUAAUAUACAUCAUGACAUUUAGUAUAUCACUUCAUGAAUAUGCAUAUUUGCCGGGAUGUUGCGAGUAUCUGUAAUCUAAGCGACGCGCAUUUUGAGCAUUAAACGCAGGCUAGCAGUAUAGUCCAAGUGGAGAUCCGUAAGGCAACAACAAAUGGCGUGACUCGCGGGAGAGUAAACGUUACAAUAGUACACAAACAACACCCAGACGGGACUGAAUUUCGUUAAAUUCAUUAGCGUUAAUUCCUCUAUGGAACAUGGAGAGACAUAACUUUGGAAACGAGAAGCUUAUAGUACCCGCUGAUUUCAUCUCAUCAGCGGUUUCAAGAAAGGUCCAGGGCGAUCUGGUACCGCCAUCGCAUUUCUUACCCAGUGGUCAGCCUGCUGGAGAGCACAGAGGAGUCAAGAUGCCAGGGACACCGCCACCCAUUUCCUGGAUAAACCCAAGCCAAACUUCGGUGCCAACAGGGGAUCCCAGUCUUGCCAAUCCGUGGCUCGCUGUCUCUCAGGCACAACAGAAAGUCUUGGAGCUGAGAAAGGAAAAUCAGAGGCUCAUGAUGUUACAAGGGGACAGCAUAGAAGGAAGAAUCCCCAUGGAUCGCUCUUCAGAACAUAUGACAAGAUCUGUAGAAAGAAGUGAGCACUGGUACAGAUGGAAGUCAGAGUGGUGUUUGAAGGCAGAGAAGCACAAGGCUGAGGCUGAGAGGUUGAAGGGGCAAGUGGAGGCACUGAAGGAGAGUGCAGGGAGACACCGAGAAGAGAUGAGAGACAAAGACGGCACCCUGAGCAGACAGAGCCAUGAGUUGGAAGCAAUGCGGGAAGAGCUAUUUAAGGCUAAGACUGAACUCAGCCAACUCAGAGAGGAGCUCAUUCACAGCAGCGCACAGAAGGAGAAACUAUGUUCACAGCUUGAAAGGCUAAAGAGUGAGUCUGGUGAGGAAAUUGCAAAGCUGAGGAGAGAUGUAGAGAGGAGCAAAGAGGAAGCCCGGGACAUGGCUCUGAAGGUUGAAAUGGGCAGGUUACAAGCUGAAGUGGAGGCCAAACAGUUGUCAGAGCAACUGGAGGAAAUGGAGAGAAAGCAGGAGGUGGAGCUGCAGCAGUUGAAUGCUUCGCACUGUGCAGAACUGGGAGCAGCAAGAAAAGUAAAAAAUGAGCUACAGGCCAAACUUCAAUCAAUGACCUCAGAAGUUGUGCAACUAAAAGGCACUUUGAUGGAAGUCUCGACUGAGAGAGAUGGGCUGAAAGAACAUUUAAGCCAACUGGGACAAGCUUUUGAGAGACAGACUGUAACACUGCAGAGCCUCAGAAAUUACAUCGGCCAGCUUGCCCCAGAGAAAGGAGAGAAGGAACGAUUAAAUGAGGCUGUUGAGAAGCUGGCCAAAGAGAAAGCAGCUCUUCAGAAGACUGCAGAGCUUUUGACAGUCAGGCUUAACUCUGUGAAUGAGAUACUCACCCUUCAAGAAGAGAAAAUGGUGAAGACCUCAGCAGACCCACUUGUGAAGAAUGGUUCUGAAGGCCUUCAAGUACUUCAGCUCUGGAGAGAGAAAGUGUUCAAGUUAUGUGUCCAGCUUCGCUCAAAGGACAUUGAACUAAAAGGAGAAAAGGAUCAGCUCCUUGCAAAAGUCAGAUUUAUGGAGCAGCAGCUUCAGCAGCAGCAGCACCAGGCUAAUGUCCUCCAGCACAGUCUAGAUGACAGGAUAGCUGAGCUGGACCUGGAGAGAGUCGAAAAGGAGUCAGUGAAACAGGACUUGGCCCAGGCUCACAAGGAAAACUCACAGUUGAAGUCACAGUACCAGGAAGCAGAAGCUGGGCUUAAAAUCCUGACAGAGGCAGUGCAUAGGUUCAGUCUGGCAUUUGAAAACAAGGUGGCAGAAGGGGACGCAGCUCAAUCAAGGCUCAACACUCUUACCCAGAGGCUAACCUUCGCUAAAAGACGAGUGGACACGAUCCAGGGUUUGUUUAUGAGGAGGGCGGCCUUGCAGAAAGUUCAGCAAGCCAGUAAACAGGCACAACAGGGUGCAGACAGGUGCAGUAUAAUGUUUAUUUAUUUAUUUAUUUUUACAUAUAAACGAUGAAUGCACCCUUGUAUAUGUUUGUAUAUACAUAUAUUUCAGUUUAUUGAUCACAGUCAUUUACUCCAUAAUGGCAAGAGUAAUGCCAGCAGCACAUUGCACUUAUUCUGGAAACCAAAGUUGUGUUUUAAAAGUGC